GGCUUCUUUUCUGCAAAGUUCAGAUAUUUUUUUCUGAGAAAUUAUAAAUCUCGCAGAGUAGCAGAGCUAUUUUUUCAAUAAACAAUUUGUUUGUGAUAUUGGGGGUGUCGUAAUGUUGCUGCCACCCCAGCUGGUGUGCAGGAGGCGCGUCGCCGCUGCUCUUGUAAAAGUCUUCAGAGAGAAGAAGGUGUUUGAUGUUUGUGCUUUCAGUCAGUCCGCUGGACAAACUGCUCUUCUGUACAGGAAACACGGAGAUCCGUCUCAGGUUCUACAGUUGGAGGAUGUGUCUCUACCCUUCAUAGGUUCAAAGGAUGUCCUGGUUAAAAUGUUGGCAGCCCCAAUCAACCCAUCUGACAUCAACAUGAUUCAAGGUACUUACGCUAUCCUGCCUGACCUUCCUGCUGUCGGGGGAAAUGAGGGUGUGGCCCAGAUUGUAGAAGUGGGCAGCCAAGUGAAGUCUCUAAAAACAGGAGACUGGGUCAUUCCAAGAGACGCAGGUCUUGGGACAUGGAGGACAGCAGCAGUCCUGGCUGAGGAUGAUGUCAUCUCAGUCCCAAGUUCUAUUCCCUUGUUGUCUGCUGCCACACUGGGGGUGAACCCCUGCACAGCCUUCAGGAUGUUGACUGACUUUGAAGAUCUCAAACCAGGUGAUUCUGUGAUCCAGAAUGCAGCCAACAGUGGAGUUGGGCAGGCUGUAAUCCAGAUUGCGGCUGCUCGAGGAAUAAUCAGUAUUAACGUUGUCCGAGACAGACCAGAGUUCACACAGCUCAGUGAUAGGCUGAUGGCCAUAGGAGCAAGUCACGUGAUCAAAGAGGAGACACUGAGACGGCCUGAGGUUAAGGAACUGUUCAAGACUUGCCCAAAGCCAAAGUUGGCGCUGAAUGGCGUCGGAGGCAAAAGUGCAGUAGAAAUGCUUCGACAUCUACAGACUGGAGGGUCCAUGGUGACGUAUGGUGGGAUGUCCAAACAGCCAGUCACUGUUCCUGUGAGUGCUCUUAUUUUCAAGGAUGUCAAGCUGCGGGGAUUUUGGGUCACACAGUGGAAGAGAGACAACUCACACGAUGGAAAGGCAUUUCGAGCUAUGCUGGAUCAGCUGUGCUCCCUCAUCCAGGAGGGGAGGUUAUCGGCUCCUGUUUGUGAAGAAGUGGACCUCAAAGAAUACCACAAAGCUGUGGUUGCAGCGAUGCAGCCGUUCAUCUCAGCUAAACAGAUUCUAAUUAUGUGACGUGACAUAGUUGUCCAGAAGAGAGUGUCAGAGACUCCAACCGCACGCGCACACACAGACACACACACACCCUUUGUGCUGAAUUGUUUAAAUAUCAAGCAAAUGAAAGUAAUUAUUCAAAACAGCAAUGACAGCCUGUAUGAUAUAAAAUAGUCAAGGAUUUAUCUUUUAUAAUAAUUGCGAUUUUGCAUAUUAUAUGAUGAUGGGGUGUAUGAGUUCCAACUGACAUUCAGUCAUGACAGCCACUUAAUGUAUAUGUUUUUGUUUUUUUUUUGUUUUCUUCAUAUGUCGGCACAUGAUCAGCAAAGCUGUCAGUCUAAUUUCAUGCUCGGGGGAGUUUUGUUUUUAAACCUGGGCUCUGUUUUUGGAGUUACUUUUCAAGUUUGUUCUGUAAUACCAAACCCCUAAUUGGCAGUCGAUUUGUAAUGACUUUGUGGCUAAGGUAAGAAGCAAACUGUGUAAUUGGUCAUUUAAAAGUUUUCAUUUAAGGAGGUAAACGUGCACAAGUUUACCUUUGUUUCUGUGCUACCAGACACUGCUAAUGAUUUUUUUCCUCAUGCAGUUUGCCUGUGGUGGUGUUUUCUGUCUAAUAUUGACAGAUGAAAUUCAUUUUUAUCCCAAGUGAAAACAUGAAUCCUUCAGUGUCUAAUAGUGCCACUGCAUGUACAGUACUGUGCAAAAAUAAAUACAAUUUAAAAAAUC